CUGAGCCAUAAGGACGUCAUCGAGGGCCUUGACGUGACCGCCACAAAUUGUGUGACACUGCUCUGUCUCUCGGUGCAAACGCCGAUGGGACUGCUUGUCGGCGCGCUUUCGGCGCUCGUGCAAGGCAGCCGUCUCUGUCUUCUCGAACCCACUGGUGUCUCGGGGCCCGUCCUCGCCAAGUUACUCUUGCUGCACGAGCCCAAACGUCUUGUGCUGAGCAGUGUGCACGUGAUGCAUUUGACCAAGGUCGGCGAAGCCAUUGCUUGCGUCGACGUCGUCGACUGUGUUGGGACUUCGGUGCCGACACUUCCUCGCGCUCUUCGAAGCCUUUACACGGUGAGCAGCAAGUUUCAGCCCUUCCUGCGCUUCCGCCGCAUCUUUUGCGGGCCCACAACCAUCUACACGGCGUCCGACCCGAUGCCGCUACCGAUUGCAGCUCCUCUCGUGCACUCGGUCGGGCUGCCAGUGUCCUCGUCGAUCGUCCUUCGCAUCCAAAGCAUGACCACGAACGAAGUCCUUGGACCAAAGCAGGUCGGUGAAAUGUGCGUCGGUGCAGACGCCUGCCAACGUCUCGGCGUUCUCGCCUACGUCGAUGCAGCGCAGCAGCUGCACCUCAUCGGGUCCAAAGACGGCAUUCUCAAGCUCGGAGCUGAAGCGACAACUGCACUCGAAAUUGAAGAAGUCGUCGCUUCGCAUCCCCUUGUCGAGGACGCCGUCGUUACAUGCAGUGAAGGCCAGCGCCUUGCUGCGUACGUCAAGCUGGCCGCGGCCACGCUAACAUACUCGGCGGACGCCCUUCGCAGCAUCCACGCCUAUGCGUGCAAACAGAUACCAACGUCCAAGCAGUUUCAUCGCCUUGUGGCCGUCGACAGCAUCCCGCGCGAUGUCAUGGGCCAUGCGUACCGAGCGCUCGUCCUCGACGAUGCCAAUGCGCUCCAAUAUCUCGAUGCUACACAACUUUAA